AAGUCAUCUAUUAAGAUAAUAAUGUAAAACAAUAAAAUGACCUAUAGUCAGACAAAACACACACACAAGACACACGAUAUAAGAGGGCCGGUCACCAACGGUCAAGGCGGAGUGCUCUUCCGGUCUUUUUGUAUAAAUGAUCAUAAGCGAGUGUAAAAGACUACGCAGAUCAGAUAUACAAAAAGACGUGUUAGUGUUAAAAUAAAUUUUAUAUUUAUGUUAAAGUUAAAUCUAUUAAAUAGUGUUAAAGAAAAACUAUAAUAAAGAUAAUAAGUGUAUUUAAGUGAAAAAAGUCUUACAUUUAUUCAACGUGCACUGGUCACCUUAUUCCACAUUCAGAAAGAAAUCAUUGCCAAGAGAAGAAAGUCGAAAUCGCAAUGGCAGCGUCCAACUUAAAACUCGUCCCUGAAAUCUCGGGACAGGAAUGUUCCAGUUCCGAAAUCACGGACCGCGAUUCGAGAAUUGUCAAACAACUCGAGUUCUAUUUCGGCGACACCAAUUUGCCGUACGACAAGUUCUUGCAGGCUCGGAUCAAGCUUGACAACGGUUGGGUGCCGAUCAGAGUGUUGCUGACGUUCAAAAUGUUAAAGUCCAUCACCAGAAGCUCGGAUGUGAUCGCGUUAGCCGUCAAGAACGUUGCAGACAGUAUCGUGGAAGUCGACGAAACAGACAAAAAGAUCAGACGUAAACCUAAAAUCGUCGCGCCCGUCCCUAAACGCAGUUUGUACAAGGAAAUCGUCGAACGGACAAUUUAUUGCAGUGGUUUUCCGAGGACAGCCACCAUGGACGAAAUUUUGGAAUUUGCCGAGACCUUUGGCGACAACGUCAUUAUGAAAACGACUCCUUUGAGAUUUAAGUCCAAAGCGUUUAAGGGUUCCCUUUAUUUUACGUUCAUCUCUAAAAAAGAGGCUGAAAAGUUUUUAGAUAGAGUAUCUGUCGAAUACAAUGGUGUUGAAAUAAAGCGUAUGUGGGAGAGUGAUUUUUUAGGAAAUUACAUAGCCCAUAGCCCAUUUAAUUACGAGUAAUAUUUUUUAUGUUUCAGUAUCCACCAAACGCACAACAUGUUAUGUAUAUUGCAUUAUUAGAAAGGUUAAUUAACUAUGUUUAUUUGUUACUAUAAUUCAAUUUUUUUUAAACACUUAUUUAAUUAAUGUUCACAUUAACAAGAAAAACAGCCAUAGACUAUCAGUUAUUUUAGUUUCAUUAUUUUUUAUCCUAUGUUAUUAAUUGUUAUUAUAUUAUGUAGUUAUAAAUAUCUGAUAACUAUAAGUAUAGCUAGAUA